UCCAAAAAGGCGCGCAAAGAGGAGAAACCUCAGCCAAUUCCGAGUCCUCCCUUUUCCUCGGACUCCCGUGUUUUUAACUCUUUCUUCUUCCCCUUAAACAAAUCAAAACAAAAUUCAGUUCCGUCAAUCUACCCUUGUAAUCCAAGAUAAUAUAUUCAAUUUUUCAGUUUUCUUUCUGUUAAUAUCCAACAGAGUGCUACAUUUCAGUGCUUAAUUUUCAGACAUGGAAAACACACGACAAUCUCUGAUCCCAACAUUUCUUUAUUCUUCCUCGUCCACAUCGAAAGGGAUGGGAAAAAAUCUGAUGAAGGAUAUGAACUCACCCGUACAGUCUGAUUCAAUUUCGUCAGCAUCAUCGACGGCUGGGAUUAAGAGGGAUUUUUUUAUCCCGGCGCCGAAAGAAAGUAGUAUAAAGAUGUUUUCGCCGGCUUAUUACGCCGCCUGCACGGCUGGAGGGAUAUUGAGUUGUGGGCUCACUCAUACGGCUCUCACCCCACUUGAUCUCGUCAAGUGUAACAUGCAGAUUGAUCCAUCAAAAUAUAAGAGCAUUAGCUCGGGUUUUGGAAUUCUGCUGAGGGAACAGGGAGUUAAAGGUUUUUUCAAGGGGUGGGUACCAACCCUGAUUGGAUACAGCGCACAGGGGGCUUGCAAGAUGGGAUUCUACGAAUUUUUCAAGAAGUACUACUCCGACAUUGCUGGUCCCGAAAUUGCAGCCAAAUAUAAGACCUUGAUCUACCUCGCAGGAUCUGCAUCUGCUGAAUUCAUUGCCGAUAUUGCCCUUUGUCCCUUUGAGGCAGUUAAGGUUCGUGUCCAGACUCAACCCGGCUUUGCCAGAGGCUUUUCUGAUGGACUUCCCAAGUUUGUUAGGGCUGAAGGGGUUGCUGGACUCUAUAAGGGGAUUAUUCCACUCUGGGGACGUCAGAUUCCAUAUACAAUGAUGAAGUUUGCGACGUUUGAGAAUAUUGUUGAACAAAUAUACAAACAUGCCAUCCCGACUCCAAAAGACGAGUGCAGCACAAAUUUGCAGCUUGGUGUUAGUUUUGCCGGUGGCUAUGUGGCUGGAAUUUUUUGUGCUCUUGUGUCUCACCCUGCUGAUAACUUGGUGUCGUUCCUCAACAAUGCCAAGGGAGCAACAGUUAGCGAUGCUGUGAACAAGCUUGGUUUAUGGGGUCUGUUCACCCGAGGUCUUCCUCUUCGUAUAGUCAUGAUCGGGACUCUAACCGGAGCUCAAUGGGGCAUCUAUGAUUCUUUCAAGGUUUUCGUUGGGCUGCCUACUACAGGAGGUGGAAGCCCAGCUCCUGCAAAGAACUAAAGCAGAAAGCUUUUAAAAGAAAGCAAGAAUCCAUUGUCUUCUGAGUGAAGUAUUUUUGCAGUAUACAUACGACCAAAGACACGUUUAGGAUAUACGUGGACAGGGAUUAUACACACUAUAUAUAGUAGUAUUUGUUUGAUUGUUAUAUUUAGAAUUUGCAGUUAUGUUUGGUGUUUCGGAGAACGAUUUUGUUCCUUCCUCUGCAAAGCGAUUCAUUAAGAUAUAUGGUCUAGUGUUCGAGUCGAGUUCAAUGUCUUCGACAAUAAUUUUGCCUCUCAUUUAUCAUUUGAUGUUUAUUUUA